AUAAAAGGCUGCUGAAAGAGGCCCUAAAUUACUUCUACUUCCAUCACCUUAAGAGAAGGAUCUACCAUGAAAGUCUACGUGGCAGCCAUUCUGGCCAUUUGCCUUCUUGAGAACUUUGAUGUGUGGAUUAUCAGAGGAACUGCUGGGUCACAAACCAUGGCACUGAGCUCCUGUGUAGAUUUGAAACCAACAGAAAUAAACAUCCGAAGAAUUGCUGGUUAUGAAACACAAACCAGACCAAUAAAAGCUGUGAUAUUCAUAACCAAAAGUGGUGUCAAGGUCUGUGUGCCAGGUGAACUUCCAUGGGUAAAGAAAGCCAUCAAGAAGUUGAACCAAAAUAAGGCUAAAAAGCAAAGAAGAAUUACAACUAGACCUAAGGCUGUGAGCAGCUAAGCUAUCAUCACUGGUAGCUGCUCAUAAUGACUGCUUACUGUUGACCAGAAAUAAAGUUUCUGAAUUGG